AUGGCUCACACUGGCCCUGAAGUUUCUCAAACGGAUUCUGUCAGACCUUUCCUCGAAAGGUUUCGUUCUGAUGGCUUAGAAGCAAGGUAUGCUCCAGCCCCGGUGCCUCCGCUGGCUGAAUGGAAACAGCUAUGGAGUGUCUGGGAUCUUGCCACGACCAAGACGAUACCGCCCGAUGCGUUGAUGGAACAACCAAUUCCUCUGCGGAACCCGUUGCUGUCCUACCUUGGCCAUAUGCCAACCUUUGAGGAUAUUCAUCUUACGCGAGCAACGAACAGCAAGCCCACCGAACCAGCAUAUUAUCAUCAGAUUUUUGAGCGCGGUAUAGAUCCUGAUGUUGAUGAUCCUUCUAAAUUUCAUGAUCAUAGUCAACUCCCAGACGUCUUCCUAUGUCUUGAAGACAUUCUUCAAUAUCGCGAACAUGUGAAAGCACGUAUCAUGGCGCUCUACGAAAGUGAGACACCCUACAUAGACCGCUGCAUUGGACGAGCUCUAUGGAUCGGAUUUGAGCAUGAGGGUGGGUUUGAGCUUACUAUAGGAUUUUCCGAUGACAGACUUUCCAAUAUCGGGUACCAUGACCCUGAGAGCGACGAUGGCCCAAACAGAUCCUUUGCGUGGGACAAUGAGCGCGAGCCGUACGAGAUCACUGUCCCAUCGAUCAAGGCACAAGGUCGACCAGUCAGUAACGGAGAGUAUGCUAAGUAUCUCGUAUACGUUAAGGAGCCUCAGAUCCCCGCAACUUGGAGCAAGACGGGCGAUGCCCGAAGUGAUGAAGAUUACACCACGUUCGUCGCUCGUCACAGUAUCAAGACUGCCUGGGGACCUGUUCCAUUGUCGCAGGCACUUGAUUGGCCUGUGAUGGCCUCUUUCGACGAGGUAGAGCGAUAUUCUCAAUGGGCUGGUGCUCGCUUACCGACGCUCCACGAAUUACGGAGUAUCCACGAGCAUGUCGAGCGUCGUCGCAAAGCCCCGGACAGCAAAGUGAACCAUGAAUUCCAUACCGAUCCAAAGGCCAUAUCUGUUGAUUUAUCGGACACGAAUUCUGGUUUUCAAAAUAUUCAUCCAAUGGGAAUUACUCAUAAGGAUGAUCUUUGCGGACUGGAUGAAACUGGAGGCGCGGCUGAGUGGACAAGAACUUUAUUCGCGCCGCAACCUGGAUUCAAGCCCAUGGAUAUUUAUCCCGGAUAUAGUGCCGACUUUAUGGACCAGAAGCAUCUGGCCGUAGUUGGAGGAAGUUGGGCCCUGCAUCCUCGUAUUGCAGGCCGAAAGAGCUUCCUGAACUGGGGGCAGAAGAAAUAUCUCUGGCCAUGGGUAACUUUCCGCCUUGUACGAGACAUCGAAUAA